UGCGUCAUGCUCUGCAUUACCGAUAUGAAAUUGACGUAGCGCGUGCAAUUGUUGUGUUGAUUCCGCAUAAUCACGCUUUACUCUUGUGUCUCACCCUAAAUACCCCAUUUUAAGGGUUCUUUUUAGACUGAAAGCAAUUUUAAGUGGAAAAUGAGUGAUGAGGAAGGACGCUUUGAUUCUGUGCUGUUUGCCAUGGCUGAGCAGCACCCGGGAGGAGUUCCGGAACUCUUGGCAACAAUCGCAGCCUUCCUGAAUAGAAAAACAGACUUCUUCACCGGCGGAGGCAAUUGGAAGAAGAUGCUGAUGGACAUCUUCAGUGUGGAGGGUGACAAAGCCGAGGCCUUGGAAGCGGAAAAGCGCCGGCAGCGCGAGGCAGUGGAGAAGAAGCGCCAGGAGGCAUUGCAGAGGAAGAGAAAGGAAGAGGAGGAAAGUGCGAAGAAGCAGGAGAGUAGUGCUGCCAUCACAGAACUCACUGAUGAGGAGGCUGAAAAGCUGCAGAGAGAGAUCGAAAAGGAGAGAAAUGCUAUUGAUGAUGAUACCACAGUGUCUCAACCUGUGGACGAUGACGACGAUGUUGAUGAGAAGGAGAAGGGAAAAUUGAAGCCUAAUUCCGGGAAUGGAUGUGAUCUGGAGAAGUACCGCUGGACGCAGACACUCCAAGAAGUAGAGCUUCGUGUUCCAUUGAAUGUGAACUUCAGCGUGAGAUCGCGCGAUGUUGUGGUAAAAAUCGGCAAGAAGACGCUGACAGUUGGGCUCAAAGGGCAAGAGCCAAUCAUCAACGGUGAGCUGUGUGCUGAGGUGAAGAUGGAGGAGUCCGUGUGGGUGAUUCAGGACAAGAAUCAUCUGCAGCUGAACUUCGAGAAGGUGAAUCAAAUGUCCUGGUGGGAUCGCUUGCUCACCACAGAUCCGCCCAUAUCAACGCGCAAAAUAAAUCCGGAACCGUCAAAGUUGUCCGAUUUGGAUGGUGAGACGCGCAGCCUCGUGGAGAAGAUGAUGUACGAUCAGCGACAGAAGGAGAUGGGACUGCCCACGAGUGAUGAGCAAAACAAGCAGAAUAUUCUCAAGAAAUUCAUGGAGCAACACCCGGAAAUGGAUUUCUCAAAAUGCAAAUUCAAUUAGGACUGCAGAUGAGUGAGUUUUCACACAUUUUCGAUCAACAUUCUAACACAGAUUUUUCGGAAAGUUCGCCACACCAAUCACAGAGUAAUAAUAAAAAAUGGAUGUGCAAGAAGCAGUUUAUGCUGUGUAUCAAAUUCACAUGUGCGGCAACAACGUAAGCAGAUGUAUUCAUGUAAUUUGCAGAGAAGAACACGGAAAAGUUAUUUCUGUAUCACAUUCUGUCUUUAAAUACAAUUUUCUUGAGCA